UGCCAACGGACACCGUAGUCGUAAUGGGUACGAGAAAGAUAAGCUUACCGCUGAGCUCCACAAUGGCUGGUACGGCUUCGAGCACCUCACCAUCCGCUUCCAUGUACAGGGCUUCGCCUGCUUCAGACGACGCGUCUGCUAAGCUGUUCAGGGGAGCCGUCGUAGCCCUGGAAGGAGGAGGAGGAGGCAUGCUCGUAAUGAGAAACCGCUGGCCGUCGAAGGCGCUCGUGUUGCGCCAAUGCACGUGCCGUCCUGUGUAGAGGGAGAAAGUGCCUAAGAUGAACGGUAGGAUCGUCGCCACCCAGUUUGUGCAGCUGAGCAAUCCGUCUGUCGGAUUCGCGUGUGGUGCGACGAGCAUGCCACCACCGUACCAGUGCCCGUUCGCAAAGGCGAUCAUGGACGACGGCAGCUCCACCCAUGUCAGCAAGGAAAAGUCGUCAUCACUGAUGCUUGUCCCGGUCACAGAAUCGACACAUAGGGCCUCACUGUUUACCCUACAGUGGUGCUCGCUGAUGCGGUCAUCGUUGGCUAUCUGUGCAUUCAUCUUGCAUCGUAUGCGUUGGUGCUGCUUCUCAUCUUCCCCCCAGCUCAUGAUCGCGACAGCACCUUUUCCGGUGGCGGUGCAGUGGGUACUUGAAGUGAGCGCCGGUGCGCCGGCAUGACGCCGUUCUUGCUCCUGCUGCUGCUGCGUACGGUGAGCCUCGAGUUCGCUGCGACUGAUGUCGAGGAGCUCCAGGACUUGAUGGGAGGGUGUCUGCAGCGAGCAUCGCUCUUUUUUUGCAUGUGAAGGCGGCAUUGAUGUGCGCGCGUGCUGCGCGUACGCUGCCGGGCCGUUCUUGGUCUGAGCGGCUGCCGUUGCACGUCGAGCGAAGGAGUUAGCAGAUGUGUCGGAGGAGCCACCCGAGUGGUGGCCAGGAGCGAUGGUGCUCGACACCAUGCGCCCUCUCCACCCCAGUUGGGCAUGCAGUCGAUCCAACUGCUCGCUCAGGAGUGUGAAAGGAGCAAGGGAAACAAGACAGUGAGGCGAUCCUAAAGGAGACACUGAUGCCACAUCGGCGCGCAGGCUUGCGGAGGUCGACUUGCAGUCUGUGUCGCUACUGCACAUCCCAGCCGCGCAUCUGUCGCCGCUGCGAUUCCCUUUCUGGUUUGCCUGAUCUUGGUUCACGUGGGUCCCGGUUGCCUCGCCGUCCGUGUCGACAUCUUUCAUCCACGUCACUGAGGCAACGGGCAGCGGCGCACGCGGAGGGAGCUUACAAACAUAGAGUGAUUUCGGUGUCAUGAGCAGCAGCGAGAUCAAGGCUGACACGGCGAAGAGUACUAGGCCGCCGAACAUGGAGAUCCACCAACAGCGCUUAAACCGUUCCCCACGCUGAAUGACGUCACAGGACAUGCCAGCGGAGCACUCAUUGAUGAAGAAUUGUCGCGUGCCGGUCCGCAGAAACUCAAUCCGGCCGAUGUCCACCGCGUACGCCGCGCAUGCCGGCAAUGUUGAUGGCGCAACAGGUGAGCUCGAAGCCAUAGCGCUGCAGCCCUCAUUCUCCAGGUGUGCUCCGGCAGCAUCGCUGCCGUCGCCGCCGCUGCUGCUGCUAGCGACUGGGAAGAGCUGCCGUGCGAGUCCGUCGCGCACCACGUGCAGGGCAUCCUCUGGAGUGCGGCAGCACAACCCAAGCUUGGCAAAGUCGGACCCGGUUCCUCCUGGCACAUACAGAACAGCGGGAAGAAGGUGAGACAACACCGCCGCCUCGCGCUCGACGUGUGUGUGCGAUGUGGUCGCAACAGCGUCAGCACUAGAGACGCUGCUCGGCGUCAGCUGUGCGAACCUGUCUAGCGUUCCCAUGCACAACCCGUUCGUGACCUCGCUCAGUGUCCCAUCGCCACCAACGACGAGAAGAAUGUGAUGCGUCAGCGGCUGCUUUGGCCUGCUGCUUGCCCUGGUGGAGGUGCAGAGCGGCGGCAAUGUCCGUAUGUCGUUGGUGUUCCCUGCAGUUUCUGAAGAGUUGCUGCCGUGCUGCGUCGGAGGCAUCCUUUGGCCAUGUGGUGGCCGCUGGCGAUAGUCGUCGAGACGCGAGGACAGAAUGAGUUGACUGAGCGCGUGACUCACCACCUUCGGGUGCCCUUUCUGGUCCGUGCGAAUGAUGAGGGUACGCAGCGUCACACCACUGGUAGAGGACGCCACAGAGGGCGGUGUGCAGUUGACUGACGUCACCGGACUGGCCACUGGUGUGGCAUUCCAGACGGCACUCGCCCCCGAUACAGACGGCGCUGGUGAGUUGUAUCCGCGUUCCCCUCUCUCGCUUCUUUGCGGGGACGGCCCGGACCCAAGCUGGUGUGAGGGAAGGCUGCUCAAGAAGCUGCUGCUACUCGUUGAAUGCACUGCAUCUCCCCCAAAAGAUUGGCAGAACAGCGACUGGAUUCGAUCCAGCACAGCUGCUCCUCGUUUCCCGCCACUGGUCGGAUUGCCCACCACCCACACGUGCAAGUAGCACCGCGGCAACGGCGUGGUGUGCGAGGAUGGAUUCGCGGCGGGCACCUUAGUGAGGGUCGCCAAGGCGCCUGCGCCCGUCUUUGGUGUGGAUAACGUGAGUACCAU